GACCUCCUCCCGGACAGGAGCCGGCCGAGCCUCUCUCCAAGGCGAAAGUGGGAGAGGCUCGCUUGCGGUCCUGAGGGCGGUGGAACGGGUGGCCGGGUCUCCGCAGGGGGUUGCCAUGGAGACGGGGGCUGACGGCGUCCUAGCGAGGGCCCUGAUUGGUGCAGAACCCUGCUAAUCCGCGAAGCCCCGUAGAGAAUUCAGGGAGACUUGGUGGAGGCAUGCGCGGUUGGGAAGGUGGUGCGGCCGCCCGUUGCCCCCUGAGAAGCUUGCUCGCGUCGACGGGCGCCUGGACGCCUGGAUUUGAGGCUGGGAGCGUGGGAAGACGCGGCCCGGAGUGUGACCCGAUCGUUGCGAACAACGCUGCCCCGGGGCACAGCGGGAGGAGGGUGGAAACUGAGGCGAGGGUGGGGGACGGGCAAGGCGGCGCUCGGGCUGGUGCGUGGAGCAUUCUGGGAGACAUAGUCCGGCCGGGGAGGGCAGGUCGGCGAGUGCGCAUGCUCAGGAGCGCGGAGCGGCCCGCUGAGCGCGGAGGUGAGGGCGGGGGCCCCUCAACCGGGAAGGUUCGGGCGGGGACGGGGCGGCGGCCCAGCGGGAUCGGGAGCGCAGGACAGGGGCCUGGGUUGCCCCCCGUGCCGGGCCCAGCGCUGUCGCGCGAGGCUCGUCAAUCACUGCGCGUUGCCACGGCGACAGGAUCUGGAGUCCCCGCCCCCAGUUGCCAUGGCGGCACCCGGACCUGCCCCGGCUCCCUAAAGCAGAAGGUGCCCGCCCAGGCUUCUGGUAAAUGUAGUUCAGGGAGCUCCGCAGGGCCGGCCCGAUUGCGGAGGCCCAACUGUCUCCUGGGGUUUCAGGUUGACUUGGAACCUUGAGGAGCGAAGGGGGAGACGCUGGCCUCAGAGCCCCAGCCUGCUCUUUCAAUGAGGCCCACGGCUCUGGGCUUCCCGGGCCACGCACCCCCAGAAGAUGAGGGGCCCUCACGGUGAAGCUGGAGGAGUCUGAGGAGGAGGGUGGAAGCCGCCCCAUGGGAUCCCGGCCCAGAGGCUGCACGACAGCGUUUCCGGCACUUCCGCUGAGAGGCAGUGGGUCCCCGCGAGGCGCUGGCCCGGCCGGAGCUGUGCCGCCAGUGGCCGCCCGAGGUGCACUCCAAGGAGCAGGUGCUGGAGCUGCUGGUGCUGGAGCAGUUCCUGGGCGCGCUGCCCGCCGAGAUCCAGGCCCGUGUGCGGGACAGCAGCCGGGCAGCCCUGAGGAGGGCCGCUGCCCUGGUCGAGGGCCUGCGCCGGGAGCCAGGAGGGCCCCGGAGAUGGGUCACAGUCCAGGUGCAAGGCCAGGAGGUGCUAUCGGAGAAGACGGAGCCCUCCGACUUCCAGCCCCUCCCUCAAGUCACACCUCGGGCUCCAGAACCCGGGCUUGAGAUGCCCCAUGGGGCCACACAGGAGUCGUCGCUGGGCCUACGGGUGAAAGAGGAGCCUGGGGUUACAGAGGAUCCAGAGCUCCUGGACUCUGGGCCUCUAACCAACCCCCAGGAGGCCACUUCCACUGUCCUACCUGAGGAGGCCCAGGGCUGUGGCGUGGCGCUGGACCAGGCCUCUCCCCAUAGUGAGGCUGGGCCUGAGGGGUCCUCAUGGACGGAGCACCCUGAGGCCCUGUGGCAGGAGGAAGCUGGGAGCAUCUUCUCCCCAGGGUUUACACUCCAGAUGGACAGCAUCUCUGCUGGCCCAGACACUGUGAGCCCCCACGUCCACCUCCCCUGGGACCUCGGCGUGGCCAGCCUCACGGGCCGACUCGAGUCACCCUCCCUCGAAGGUGGCUUCUCACACGCGCUGGUGCUCUCCAGCGACCCGGGAGGUGAGCAGGACCCCACGUACGAUCCCCGCCAGGGCGUGGGCCCCGGGCUGGCCGCCGCUCGCUGGCGUGCCCCCAGGGGCCGGAGCCGGGGUCGAGGUCGCCCCAGCACAGGCGCCGGAGCCGUGCGAGGUGGCCGCUGCGACGUGUGCGGGAAGGUGUUCAGCCAGCGCAGCAACCUGCUAAGGCACCAGAAGAUACACACGGGCGAGCGGCCGUUCGUGUGCGGCGAAUGCGGCCGCAGCUUCAGCCGCAGCUCGCACCUGCUGCGCCACCAGCUCACCCACACCGAGGAGCGGCCGUUCGUGUGCGGCGACUGCGGCCAAGGCUUCGUACGCAGCGCACGCCUGGAGGAGCACCGGCGCGUGCACACGGGCGAGCAGCCCUUCCGCUGCGCCGAGUGCGGCCAGAGCUUCCGGCAGCGCUCCAACCUGCUGCAGCACCAGCGCAUCCACGGCGACCCCCCGGGCCCCGGCGCGGCACCCCCCGCGCCUCCUGGCGCGCCGGAGCCCCCAGGCCCCUUCCCGUGCAGCGAGUGCCGCGAGAGCUUCGCGCGGCGCGCCGUGCUGCUGGAGCACCAGGCGGUGCACACGGGCGACAAGUCUUUCGGCUGCGUGGAGUGCGGCGAGCGCUUCGGCCGCCGUUCGGUGCUGCUGCAGCACCGGCGCGUGCACAGCGGCGAGCGGCCCUUCGCCUGCGCUGAGUGCGGCCAGAGCUUCCGGCAGCGCUCCAACCUCACGCAGCACCGGCGCAUCCACACGGGCGAGCGGCCCUUCGCCUGCGCGGAGUGCGGCAAGGCCUUCCGCCAGCGGCCCACGCUCACGCAGCACCUGCGCGUGCACACGGGGGAAAAGCCCUUCGCCUGCCCUGAGUGCGGCCAGCGCUUCAGCCAGCGUCUGAAGCUCACUCGCCAUCAGCGGACGCACACCGGCGAGAAGCCCUACCACUGCAGCGAGUGUGGCCUGGGCUUCACGCAAGUCUCGCGGCUCACCGAGCACCAGCGCAUCCACACAGGCGAGCGGCCCUUCGCCUGCCCGGACUGCGGCCAGAGCUUCCGGCAGCACGCCAACCUCACGCAGCACCGGCGCAUCCACACGGGCGAGCGGCCGUACGCAUGCCCCGAGUGCGGCAAAGCCUUUCGCCAGCGGCCCACGCUCACGCAGCAUCUGCGCACCCACCGGCGCGAGAAGCCCUUCGCCUGCCAGGACUGCGGCCGCUGCUUCCACCAGAGCACCAAGCUCAUCCAGCAUCAGCGCGUCCACAGUGCAGAGUAGCCAGCGCGCGCUGCACCCCCUCUCCGCCCUCACCUCGGUCCUCCGUGCAGGGGUGGGGGGGCGCUGCUGCAGAACACCUACCUCGCGGGGGAUGCUGUGAGGCCUGUGAUCACGUGGGUACAAGCCAGCCCUCUUAGGGCCCGGUGCCCAGUAGGUGCUCAAUAAACAGUACACGGAACC